AUGGCCGCAUUAAAUACCAAACAAUCAGAAGUCCCGACCUUCUCACCGAUCGACUAUGCCAAAUUCUUCGGCGCUGGCGCCCUUGCGGCGACCUCCACACACGGUGCCGCAACGCCAAUCGACGUCGUCAAGACGCGAAUUCAGGUCGACGAUGCUAUGAAGGGCCUGAACAUGAUCACCGCUGGCCGCAACAUUGUCGCGAAGGAAGGUGCAUCGGCGCUGCUGACCGGCUUCGGCCCCACGGCUGUCGGCUACCUCGUGCAGGGAGGUGGAAAGUUUGCCGGUUAUGAGUUUUUCAAAAAGCAAUUCAUCACUUUUGCCGGCGGUCCAGAGAAGGCCACCAACAAGCGGACCGCAAUUUACCUGAGUGCGAGUGCGACGGCCGAGUUUUUUGCCGACAUUUUGCUGUGUCCCUUGGAGGCGACCCGUAUCCGACUGGUUUCGCAGCGAGGUUUCGCCAACGGUCUCACGUCGGGCUUCAUGCGCCUUGCGCGUGAGGAGGGAUUCAAGGGUUUCUACUCGGGCUUCGUGCCGUUGCUGUUCAAACAGGUUCCCUAUGCCGUCGGCCAGUUCUCCGUCCACGAGGCGGCGGUGGAGGUGAUUUACCGAACAAUGGGCCCCGAACGCAAGGCCAAGAUGACGCAGCUGCAGUCGACAGGCGUGGAGUUGGCGUCAGGUGUUGUUGCCGGUGUCGCUGCUGCUGUGCUCUCGCAUCCUGCCGAUACGCUGCUUUCAGCCAUCAACAAGGGCGCGGGCGACCCGAAGCAGGGUGCCACAAGCCGAAUGUUCCAGCUCGCUCGCGAAUUCGGUCCCAAGAGGUUGUUGCUUACAGGCCUGGGGCCGCGUAUCGUCAUGACUUGCGGUCUGGUUGCCGGUCAGUUUGUCAUUUACGCGCAGUGCAAGACAUUAGUGGGAGCACCGGCGGGUAUUGAGAUUCACAAGGAAGAGUCGCUGUAA